UUAUACUGCCCUAUAAUAUAAAUUGCUUAAAAUGAACAUGAAACUACAUAUGCUGCCAGAUAUCCGAAUCUUUGGAUACGUUUUUCUUUUUACACUUAUUGAAUCCGACUCUGCACAAUAUGGUCGAUGCGCUGGACCUUUGAUAUGCUGCAGAGGAUUUAUAUACAACGGAGAACAACAGAAGUGUGUAUCUUGUGUAUAUCCAAUGUUUGGGAGAAUAUGUGAAGAAACCUGCAAUUGUACAAAGGAGUAUUGUAAUCCACUCUGGGGAUGUAUUCUUAAUGACAAGAAAGUUAAGACAGGGAAACGAAUUGGGUCACAUUGCCGCGAUAAGGAUUUUCCAUUAAACAUCAAAGGAAAAAGAAGACAGGGCCUCAACUAACAACAUGGAUCUCUCUAUGAUGACAUCACAUGAAACAACCAAAACACAUGGAGCAAUCACAAGAACAACAGAAUUGUACAAAAGUAAUUGGAAAAGUCUUAAAAGAGAUUUGAAAGAUAGAUAUAUUGUUAAACAUGGUGUUGGUAGUUUCCUAGUUAUUGAAUGCUUAGCAUCUACGUCUACAUCACAUAUAUCUCUUAGCCUCUGAUUAAUAAAGACGAUAAAUUUCAAAUACAUUCAAAUAGUAGUAGCCC